AUGAUUGCGACAACAUUGACGCAGUUGUUGCCAGACCAGGCUUCACUAGACAAUAUCCAUGCUCUGGUCGAUCAUGCACUGCGUUCCCAUCUUCAAAUACAAGCUAGGCUCCAAGAACGCAAUGCCACUACUCCCCGACGCGUCAAGGCUUUGUCGGAGGCUGCGCUCAACUUGAAAUCCACUCUAUCCGCCAUCAAGACUGAAAUCCGGGACUUGAGAGCUCUCAUCAACCAACUGCUUUCAUCAGGCACUCACGAAACCAUUCGCUUUGUCAAAGAGAGUCGACGCGUCGCUGAUCAAUUACGAAAUGUUUGCAACUAUUUGGCUACUGUAUCCAAAUUCGUCAAUCUCAAAAACCUGGUUGCAAAUGACAUUCCAACGUUGAGCACAUACACGGAGCUACUUGCUCUCCGCGAUGGAAUACCAGUCUCAUCAAAUCGCCUGAGACUGACAGAUCAUAUUGGAAGUGUAGCUCUGGAUCAACGACUUGUCGGGUUGGGGUGGCCGACGCAAAUGGAAACAACAAAUCUGGAAGCUAUGAGGCCGUUUCGAGACACGUUUCAUGAACUAGUCAUCCUGGAAUCGUUGGAUGGUAUAGAAACUGCCACAGCGUCAUCGCCACGACACUUGGCAGAACCACCAACAGCCAUCAAGUGCUUAGUUAAACCUAUAUUACUACGCUUUCAGUAUCACUUUAGCGGUGAUAGGCCGACAAAUCGUCGUGACAAGCCAGAAUGGAUGUUCAAGUUUAUACAAAAGAGUAUCUCAGAUCAUGCAAUGUUGCUUGCACAACAUAUUCAACCACUCUUCCACGAUUCGCCAUUUAGCACGUUGGACGCCAAGAACGAGUUCAUACAAUGUCUUGUCAUUGCCAUGAUCGACAAACUCGUUUCUGAAGCUUCUAUACGAACAAAGGAUCCCAGCUUGCUCUCACCUUGUAUUAAAGCAGCAAUCGACUUUGACAGAACACUGUUAAAUACAUUCGAUUAUCAGCCGCGAUGGACUGGUACUGGUUCCAAUUCUUGGAAGGGAUGUGCAUCUGUAUUUUUGGAUGAUGUGGAUGUGUUUGGAGCUUGGUUGCAGUAUGAACGUGAACGUGCCCACAAAGCUCUUAUUGGUAUUGUUAGCUCUCCAACAGCCUGGGACUUUGAACAAGGCGUGGAGGAUCAAGAUAUCAUGCCUACCUCUUCAUCUGUACAGUUUAUGAAUUUGUUUGAUACCGUUACUGACGUAUACGCGCAGUUACCCAGUCUAUCUCAUCGAUUGACCUUCUUCACCUCACUCACACUUGAUGUGCUUGAAGACUAUCUCUCUUCAUGCAGAGACGUGGCAGAGAACGUGUAUCGUAAACUGCCAUCAGUCUCGAAUAUCGACAAAAGACAAGCAACAAUCUCAACUAGGAUCGAAACCCUUUGUAAAUGUGUGUCUUCACUUGACUUUGUUUGUGAAAUGCUUCGAGAUCGAGCUGAAAGUGAUUUUUUCUUGGAUUUAUGGGAUCACAUUGUUACAGCCAAAGGCGAAUCUCCAGCUAGAGCUUCUGGCAAAGCUACUAGUUUGGCUUCAACGGCCUUCGAUGAUGUUAUGCGUGCUUAUGACGGCUGUAUAUCUCGAAUAUCUGAGGUCAUUCAAGAUGUCGCCUUCCAAGAGUUUGUUGAGAGUGUAUGGAUGUAUGAAAAGAAAAAAACAUGGGCAGAAAAUCUUCCAUUAGCAACAACACCAUCACCUGAACUGCUACCGUCAUUAAGCAUUGUCAAGAGUCAUCUUGAUAUCAUUCGAGCCCAUCUGCCAUCACGAGUGUUCAAGAAACAUGUCUUGAUACCUCUAGCAGCACGCAUUGAUGAUCAUCUGUUCCAACGUGUCGUUAUGAAGAAUCGAUUCAGCAAGAUGGGAGCCAGUGCAUUUGCUGUUGACAUGUGGCAAGGUGUCAUCAGAAGUAAGACUUGGGAUGUUGUUGCUGGUGGAGGUGAUAUUGAUAAGGGUGUGAGACGCGUCGAGAAGCUGUUUGGAAGGAUUGUUGAUGCUGCACACUUGUUGAACUUGCCUGCAACUACUUCAACUGGAUCAUUAUCUAUGACAACCGUUGUACAAGCUUUGGGGAGCGUCAAGAAUCCUGUAUUAGAGGAUCGUGAUGCACUGAAGGUUUACAAGCUGGCAGCACGCGAAGUGAUCGAAGUGUUGGCACGUAGAAUAGACUUUGGCUGA